AUGCUGAGUUUUAUUGGUGCCAUUGGUACCCUUCUGUCCACAUUUAUGUCGGCAGACACGUUGUCGCAUACGUUUGGUGUUCAUGAUGCAAAGGCCGGAAAGUUGAUGCUGAUGAUGUGGAUAUUAGCGUGUUGUCUCUCCCCGUGGAUGAGCAGCUUUGAAAUCCUGGGCUGGUUACACUGUGCAGCUUUUGUCGCUUCGGCCCUUAAAUUUGGCGAGGCCGGCUUGGCCUACGACUUUGUAAGGAUUCCAUUAUCAACGUUCGUCCCGGUCUUUGGGAUUUUGGAAAUCCUGUUUAAUUACGCGUGGUCCACCGCUUAA